UCUUCUUUUCUCUCGGUCUAUUUUUCUUUUUUAAUUGCAAUAUAAUUGUUAUUUGUCGCCUCGUUGCCGCUGCCGCUGCUGCGGUGUCACACAUCCAGCACGGAGGGAGGAGAAGCCAUAAGAUGAAGAAACGCUAUGUGGACGCGAACAGGCUCCGGAAAAUGAAAAAGCUGAAAAUCACCGAGAAGCUGUCUGAGAGUGCUUACACCUUCCUGAAGUUUAUGGUGAUGUGGACGCUGGUGCUGCUGGCCGAUUUCAUCCUUGAAUUCAGACUGGAGUACUUGUGGCCGUGCUGGCUGUUCUUCGGCAGCGUGUACACCACUUUCCACUGCCACGGGCUGGUUAUUUGUGUUGUUUUUGUUUGUGCUGCCUUCACGCUGGACAUUUUUUGUCUAAUUUUCGUUCCUUUGCACUGGCUGUUCUUUGUGGCAAGCACCUAUGUGCUAUUCAAUUACAUUUGGCACACAGAAAAGGGCAUCUGCAUAUCGACGGUGUCCCUGUGGAUCCUGCUCGUGUACACAGAGGCUUCACUACGACUCAAAGACCUUAAAACUUCUCACGCCAACCUGUCUCAUCUUUUCGCUGCACACUGUAUUGGGUACCCUGUAGUUUAUCUGGGGUUUGAUGCCACCUGCUACUUCACCAACAUCUUCAAGCUGCGCAUACAGAAAGCCGUGCAGAGUGAGAAUGACUUCCACAUGCAUCUCCUCCAGCACUCGCUCCCACCGGGCCUGCAGGUUUACCCCAAGACGGGCGCAGAUGGCAGCAGCAGCUCCAAGUGGAAGGUCAAGCCUGAGUCCAGUCAGUACCAGUGUCAGAACGGCGCUGUGGUGGCUCACGAUGAGGCUCACACCGUGGACUGCCUCCAGAUCCGCAGCGAGGACCGAGUGGCCGAGAAGGGCUCUCAGGAGGCGAAGACUGCAGAGUCGAACCGGCGGGCGCCGUCCUCGUCGUCUAAACCCGCCGUGGCCGAGUCCAGAGAGCUCCCUCAGAGCGGGACGGCGGGACCGGAGGCGUCUGCAGCCACAGAAAAUCUACCUCAGGACGAGUACGGAAGCAAGCCGGCGCGGUCAGCAGCUAAGAGCUCGUCGCCAAAAGGCCGCAGAGGCAGCACAAACACUCCCUCACCGCCGGCGGGCAGGACCGAGAAGAAGCAGAGGUCCAGCUCGAAAACAAUCAGCCCCAACAGGGACGCGGCGGACAAGAGUGCCGCAGCAGCUCAGAACUUCCACGCUGACCAGAUAAGCAAGCUGGAGCAGGAGUUGAGGAGGCUGAAGGGCGAGCUGCAGACGAGUCGGCAAAGCGAGCAGGAGCUCCGAAGCCACAUCUGCAAUCUGACCAACAGCGAGAGGAGCCUGAGACCGGAGGUGUCGCUGCUCCGGCAGUCCAACAUGCUGCUGCAGAGCAAGAUUUUGUGCCUGACUAAAAACAAACAGAGGGACAAGCAGACCAGCGUGAUGCUGGAGAAGAAGAGCCGAGCCGAGGCCGAGGCCCGGCUGGCUGCCGAGAAGCAGCUGGCAGAGCUUCAGGCUCAGAAACUGGAGGAGGCGGCGAGCACAGCAAGAAGUCUGACGAACAGGCAGGAACACUGUGAAACCCAAAUGUUAAAGAAAAGAGUAAAAGAUCUAGAAACAGAGUACAAACAACUGCAGCUGGAGUGUCAAGUGAAAGAGAGUCGUGUGGUAGAUCUAGAGAGUGAUGUUGAGGCUCUGGGAAAGUACCGCUGCGUGGAGAAGGAGACGGACAUGCUGCUGUCCACUCUGUCGGCCAUGCAGGAGAAGGCUCAGCAUCUGGAGUACAACCUGAGCGCCGAGACGCGAAUCAAACUGGACCUGUUCUCCGCGCUGGGAGACGCCCGCAGGCAGCUGGAAAUCGCUCAAGAUAAAGUGGUGAAGCAGGACCGGGAGAUCAGCGAGAUGAAGCAGAAGAUCGCGGAGGUGAUGGCCGUCAGCCCCGGCGUGUCCUACAUGGCUCCCCGGCCUCAGGUGCCUCAGUAUCUCACCAAGCUGCUCAACUCGGAGCGCUACAUGCUGAACCCACGGGCGCUGAUGUACCAGUGUUUGAAGAAGUGAGAGGAGAGGCGUCCGGCCCCCCCCCGCCACGCCCUCUGGAAUCCUCUCCGGGUUUAUCGCAGAGCGACACGACUUUGUGAAGUGGUCUCACUUCCAGCCAUGAAUGGAAUCAGAGCGAGCCUCCACCAGCCCGAUGCCUUCUUGCUGCGCUGACGGUGCUAACUCGAUAUUAUUCUGUACAUUUCCUGUUUCCUCCCACAGCGAGCUUCUCUCCCAAAAAUGAGGUAUCCUAAUAUGCAGAGCUUGCUCGAGACGCCUUUUCUUUUCUUUCUUUUUAAUGUAAACGCAAGCCGAUCAUCAAGAAAUACAGAAUCAGGAGUCAAAGCACAACAUGUUGGCUGAAUCGAUCCCUGCAGGCUGAUUCAAUUCAAAAACCUGCGGCUGGAUGUGAACAUUUUUACUCUGAAAAUCAGUGAAAUACAGGAAGCGCGAGUCCCAAAUCCUUCACUUUAGUAAAACGCUGUGUAAAGAGAUGCUUGACCAGUAAACUUGACUAAUAAAAAAAAAAUACAGAUGCAAUAAAUGCAGCCGUAUAACUUCUGACGACCACUUCAACACUCUUUAAAAUGACGUGUUAUGUUUACCUUUGUUGAGGAAUUGACUGAAUAUAAUCACAUUGUUUAAAACUUUUCAGGAUUUUCUUAAGCAUUGCAGUAUUUAUUUCAGUUUUUAUACUUUAUUAUCACAAAAAGUUUCCAGUGUUG